AUGUCUGUUUCUUUUAACCAUUCAAAGGCUCGCUCAAGGGUCCUCCCGAGGUCAAGGCUAGGAUGCAGAACUUGCAAAAUUCGACGAGUCAAGUGCGGAGAAGAAAAGCCUAGCUGUGUUCGAUGUGCUAGUACAGGUCGCAAGUGUGAUUUUGAAGACACUCAGCCCUCUUCCACAAUCUCAGCCAUCGCCAACCCCUUAUCAUUAUCACCAAAUACCAACACAGUGUGGCGAGAGCGCCGUGCAUUUGCCUACUAUUUCGAAUGUGCCGCCUCCUCCAUUGGUGGGGGAUUGGAUGUUGAUUUCUGGCGCACUGUCGUCCCACAGGUUUGCCGCUAUGAACCUGCUGUGUGGGAUGCUAUCAUCACCAUUAGUGCGCUAUUUGAGUGUCCCAAAGAAUCCCUGGAUCCUGUGCCACAACGCCGUGAUAAUACUAUUUUUCUCACUCAGAAUCAUCAAGACGCCCUGGGCUGGUACUCACGCUCGGUAUCCGCUGUUCGUCAGCGCAUUGAGCAGGGUAACGUAGACGUCUUUGUCGGACUGAUCAGCUGUGUUCUUUUCAUCUGCAUUGAGGCCAUCCAAGGAAACGCAGACGGGGCACUGCAGCUUUACCGUCAAGGUGUGCAACUCAUUAUCGCUUUACGUCCCCAAAUAGCAUCUGGGGCUCCGGGUAAAGCUUCCUUGCUAGAGGAUACGAUUAUCCCGAUCUUCGUCCGUCUGGGAACAUUCGCUCUCGCUGUCGGUGGGGCCCCGGUAACUGCUUUACUAGGAGACACUGGAAAUGUCUGGACGCAACAGUUUGACUCGCUCAAGUCUGCUCGGGAGACGAUUGUGCUUUUAGCUAUAGAGAUCCCGCUCUUUGAAAGCACUUGCACCAAGCACUUAGUGGAGGCUAAUACCUCUCAUGUGCCCGAGGAAUUCAACACUAGGCUAUUCAGUCUGGUGGCCAGACUGAGGAACUGGCAUACUGCCUUUAAUAAGUUGAUGACAGUUCUUCGCGCCAAAGACAUUUUAUCGCCGCAACAGAUUGGUACCGGUGCCCUUUUGCUGAGCUAUCACGACAUGCUAUAUAUCAUGCUCGAGACCUGCACAUCCUUGUCAUUGAUGCAAUUCGACGCUUAUCUACCAAACUUCCAAAAUAUCGUUGAACAAUGUGCCAAUGCACCUGAAUCCUCGGUGCGACCAGACGGCACCCAACCUCCAUUUACAUUUGAAGUCAACGUUGGUCUUCCGCUUUGGUUUACCAGUCUCCGAUGCCGUGAGCCGCGUACCCGACGCGCGGCACUGGCUCUACUCCACCAAGCGCCCUCGGUGCAAGGCUUUUACCAGUGCUCAAUAUGGGCAACCGUGGGGCGAAAGAUCAUGGAGAUAGAAGAAUCACGUGCAAUGGCAAUGAACGCAACUAAAUAUACACCCACUCUUGGUGCACUGGAGCCAACAAGUGGACCAAAUCCUGGUUCCGAGCUUGCCCCAAUCUCACAUUCUGCUCAUACGGAUAUGGGAGCCAGAAUCCCAACAGCGCUCCUUAUCCCAGAGGAGGUGCGCAUUGGACCCAUUACUGCUUUUAGGCCAAUGGACGGUUUUCCUUCUGGAACUACCGAGGCAGAUAUCGCGAAGUGGGGCCGGGGCCCUGAUCAAUUCUUUCUGCGAUUUUCCCGGCACGAGCGCGGUCUGACUGGCGAUUCUUAUCGGAUGGUAUACGAAUACGCUCCCCUUGACUUUUGA